AUGAAGGAUAUUACUGAUGAAGAGAGUAAUACAAACAUUUUCAAGGCAAUAAGUGUUGAAACCUUUACUAUCUUGGGAUGGACUGUAGGUUCUGCACUGCAUUCUAUAUUCACUAAAAAAGCACUAAGUAAAGCUAUUUCAGACGAACCAGUGAGUGCUAGACUUUCAUAUGGUUCUUAUUUAACUAUAAUUCAGCUCUUAAUUGCAGCAGUAACUGGAGUUACGAUUGGGUAUCUUCACAGAUCAUUAUCUAAACAAAAACAAGAUUCUAACGAGGAACCAAAGAAUGAACCCUUAGUAUAUAAUAGAAAUACAGACAGUUCAAUAAUAUCUGAUAAUGAUUUUCUAGUUUUAAACAAUGGAACAGAAAAAGAGAAUAACAAUGAUUUGAAUGUAAGUGAGUUGGAAUGUUCAAAGGCACCAUCUAUAGUUUUAGAAAUGACUUCUGUAUAUCAAGAAUUAAAUAAACAAUCAAAUAGCUCUAUUUCAAAACAUUCAAAGUUAAAUAAUCCUCAAGUUGAAUAUGAGUACAAAACUGAGCAUAAAUAUUUUUUCUCAUAUUUAUGGGGCAGUAAUGAGAUGAUUCUAUCAGCUGUAUUGUAUGCAUUUGCAAAUAUAUGUGCUAAUACUGCCUUGGGUGGUGGAAAAGUCAUGCUAGUACAAAUAAUAAAGUGUAGUGAACUAAUAUUAACUGCAAUUUUAUCCUAUAUAGUAUUGAAACGUAAAGUAGGGCUGAAAGAGUCAGUUGCAUUUGGUAUCAGUACUAUUGGAAUUUUCUUAGUUGUUUCAUCAACUUUAAAAACUAGCAGUACUAAUUCAAUUGCAGUUACCUAUAGUGUAUUAUUAGCAAGUAUUGGGGCAUUUACUAUUUCACUGAGGAAUGUAAUAGUAUCUUCUGCAAAUAAAAAUGAAAAGGCAAUUGAUACAUUUACUUUAUUGUCAUUUUGGGGAAUGAUAACCUCCUUAAUUAUAUUUGUUGGUAUCAAUAUUAUCUAUGGUCAAUCAAAAACAGAGAUAGCUUUAUAUCCAGUAAUAAUAAGUGGCUGCUUUCAUGCAAUGUAUAAUUUCUCAUCUUUAGCAUUUCUGAAGCUAGUGGGGAGCCCUAUAGUUCAUGCCUAUUUUAACUUAGCAAAGAGAGCAAUAAUUGUAUUAACAGCAGAAUUAAUUAACUGUACUACGCCUCCAUCUAUGCAAGUAUUUGGAAGCUCCUUGGCAAUUCUUGGAAUACACUUUUCAAAGCAAUCAAAAACUAAAGAUAAGCAGAUUGAAAAUGAGGAAGCUAAUAAGAAAAGUGGCAAAAUCAUGCUUCAUGAAGAAAAGCUUUAUCAUCAAAAAGUUAAUACUGAAGAAGUUGCAAAUAUUGAACAAGAAGAGCCCAAAUCUUGCAAUAAAAAUGAUAAAUAUCCAUAUACGGCUUCAGUAGUACUUUCCGGGCUCUCUAUAGUUAUCGGUUGGCUUUUGACAUAUUCGUACUCUUGUACAGGACCACCAAUGGAAACUUAUUCUAAAGUGGUAAGUUAA